AUGGUGGAAGAAGAUCAAAAGCAAGAGCUCAGUGAAGAUUUCAAGACUGUACAGUUGUCAUUUGAUCAAAACAAACAAGAAGCUGCACCUACCCCUGAUGCUGUGAUUGAUACUUCCAAACAACUAGGUUUCAACUCAAAUCCAGAAUCUGCAAUUAAAGAACAUCAACCUGAUGAUAUAAGUGGCGAUGAUGAUGAAGUUUUAGAUGACGUUGCUGAAGAUGCUGAUGAUGAGAACCAAUUGGGAUUAUAUCUAGAUAUACAACAUAAGAUUUUCAAAACUUCCAAUAGAUUACUAGAUGAUAUCAAAGCAGAUUUGAUUUUUUUGAUACAACAUGAACAUGGUAUAUUACAAGAAAGACCAAUUCAUUAUGCUUCUAAAAUUGCUGAAAUAAAAUAUAAUCCUUAUGAAAUUUAUAUUUUGAAUCAAGCUAGUGAAGUUGCCCCAGGUGUUCAACAUUUAACAUCUAGAUUUAAUUCAAGGGACAAAAUCACUCAAAUAAGGGCUUUGAUUUAUAGUACCAAUGAACCUUCAUUAGCAAGAACUAAAAUAUAUCAUGCAAAUAUCCUCAUAAAAUAUAAAGAUUCAACAGAGGGUAUAGAAGUAUCCAAUAAUGAAUAUCAUCUUGUUGAUGAGUUGAAUGAACAUGAUUCAAUAGAUUUGAUUUCGUCAAGAUUAAUUAUUGAUUCAGACCCUGAUGAAGUCAAGUCAUCUUUGCCAAAAAUAAUUGACGAAGCUAAUUAUGUUUGUUCAUUGACCAACAAAAUUAUAAGGAUUGAAAUAUCUGAACCUGAAUUUGAUCACGAUGAUUUACAUGAUUUUGAAUUGGGUCCUAUUAAUGUCAGAUAUACAAAAGCAUUAGCAAAAUAUCCAGAUUUAAAUCAAGAUAUUCCACCACCUUCUCAUUGUCUUCAUACAUUGUUUAAAGCCAUUAGAGGACCGCUAUCACUGAAACUUGGUCAAGAUCAUAGAACCAUACCUGCUAAUAAUAAAAGUUUGAACUCGCAUAUCAACCCAGAAAUUUUACUGAAAAGGUUGAACUUCAAACUGAAUAAUAAUGAAUUCAGUCCACCAAAUAUUUCUGAUACUAAUGAUAGAAAAUCUUCAAUCAUAAGAGAAUCUUAUAUUAGAAAAAUCUUGGAAAUUAUGCUGUUGGGUAAAAAGGCAUAUUCUGGUACACUGAAGAAUCCAUUUGAAAUGGAAUUCACCAAAUCGCUAGAUUUGGUUUUUCAAGAACUAAGAGAUGUUGGUUCAAUUAGAAUGCAUGACUUUACCAAAGAUCCAAAUUUUAUCGCUUUAUCUGCCCAACCAUUUUAUAAUGACGAUUUGAUCAUAAAAUGUUAUGAAGCUUCUGUUCGUUCAGAUUCCCAUAAUAGACCAAGAUAUUAUGAUGCUUUGAAAGCUAUUAGUAAUAAAAGGUCAACAUAUAAAUUGAGUUCAUUUAUUUCCAAAUUGGUUUCCCUAAAUGUUAUUGGUCAAAGUGAAAUUGAUGAUGCUUAUAAAGCUUUAAGUAUUGAACCAUCUCAAUCAGAGCAACUUGAUGAUGACUUAUUAUUGACAAUGUAUCAAAAUGAAGUUGCAUUACAUCCAUUAGAUGGUAAACUGAGAAAUGGUUUAAUUACUAUAGCAGAUGCAAGAAACAGUGAAAAACUUCAUAGAUUUAUCACAUAUGAGCAUUUACCUUUGCAACAAGCUUACGAUGUCUUAGGAAUUGACUCCUCGGUGGAUGAUGAUGUUGUUUCAACCGCUGCUAUUGUUAAAAAAGUUGAUUCUCCAAUUGAUAGUAUUCUUGUCGACAGAGCUGUAUUGACUAUAGCUACAGAAAGAAAGAGUUUCAGUCUUCUUGAUAAUUUUGAAACUGAACACCCAGACUUAAACGACCCAAUUGAAGUUAAAGAUGCUUAUAAAUACUUGGGUGUUGAUCCAAAUGCUGAUGACUUUCAAAUUAUCACCAUUUUUCAAAUGGGCAAUAGAGAAAUUAUUAAGGCAAGAGCUGCAUUAAGAACUAUUGGUCAGCAUAAAAAUAGUAAAUUAAUUGAUACAUUUCUCAAGUCUGGAUUAAUUGAUCAUAACUCUUUACCUGCUGAAAAUUGGCCUGUCGGUUUGAACAAUAUUGGUAACACUUGUUAUUUGAACUCGUUAUUACAAUACUACUUUUCAAUAAAACCAUUUAGAGAUACUGCUCUUGAAUUCAAUGAUGUUUACAAAGGACAAGACAUUUAUAAAGAGAGAAGAAUUGGUGGUAGACUAGUUGGUGAAGGUGAAGUUGAUAGAUCUUUCCAAUUUGUUUAUCAAUUGAGAGAUUUAUUCCAUGAACAAAUCCAUUCUGAUAAAAGAUGUAUAACUCCAAAGAAAGAAUUAGCAUAUCUUGCUUUCUUACCAAGCAAUGCAGAUGUUGAAUUUGAAAAAAGCGGGAAAGAUUAUUCUGGGUUUUCAAAGAAAACUGAAUCAAGACCACCUUCAGGUGAUGAUCAAAGUGAUCCUAUAGUAAUUGAUUCUGCUUCAGAAGUGGAGGCUAAGCCAGAUCAUGAUUCAGAUUACGAUCUAAUUGACCUGGAUGAGCCAAACUCACAAGUUAAGUCUGCAGAAGGAAAUGAGGAUAUAGUUAUGAUUGAUAAUGAAAAAGAUCAAUAUCCAAAAACAGCUGGUAGUAAGAUGGAAAUUGAUGGAAAUAAUGAUGAAUUUAUUGAAGACGUUAAGAAAAAUGAUACGAUUGAGUUUGUUCAUGAAUCUGAGGAUGAUGAUUUAUUUUCAUCCAAAUCUCAAGAACCUGAUACAAAAGCUGCUAAAAUUUCAUUAACAGAGAUGGAAACUGCUUACGAAAUUGGUAGACAACAAGAUGUUACAGAAUGUAUUGGUAAUGUUUUAUCACAGGUUGAAGCUGCUUUAAAGCCAGAAGGAUUUGAUGAAGGUGACAAUGAACAAUUAGAUAUGGUUAAAAAUUUAUUCUUUGGUGAUUCUGUUCAACAUCUUGUUAAUUUAACAGAUCCUUCUAAUAAAAGGGAUAAGAAAGAUAGAUUCUCCAACUUGUUUGUCAAUAUUAGUGAUAGACCUAGAAAUAUUUAUGAAGCAUUUGAUAUGGUUUUCAAAAGUGAAGAAGUUACAAUUGAUGGUGGUCCACAUAAAAGAUCUGAGAGAAUAACCAAAUUGCCAGAAAUUUUACAAAUUCAAAUUCAAAGAGUUUAUUAUGAUAUUGAAUUACAACGUCCUUAUAAGAGUACACAAGCAUUACCAUUCCCAGAAACAAUUUAUAUGGAUAGAUACUUGGAUACAGAUGAUAAAGAUAUCAUUCAAAGAAGGGAAGAUGUCGAAAACUGGAAAACUGAAAUUAGAGAUUUACAAGCAAGAAAAGAACGAUUAUUAACUAAGAAUGAUCAAGGUGUCACCUAUAGAGAUUCAUUAAUUUCUACAAAAGAAUGGUUGAAAAGUAUAGAACUUGGAAAACCAGAAACAAUCAAAGUUUUAGAAAAUCAAGUUAAAAAGAUUGAUGAAGAAUUGAUGACAAUUUUCCAAAAAACUAAUGAAAUUGAAAAUCGUAUUGAUCAUCAUUUCGAUUCUUUCCAAAAACAUGGAUAUACCAUUUUUGCCAUUUUCAUUCAUAGAGGUGAAGCCAAUUAUGGUCAUUAUUGGAUAUAUAUUAAGGACAAGAAAUGCAACAUGUUCAGAAAGUACAAUGAUGAGACUGUUUCAGAGGUAUCCAACUCUGAGGUGUUUAAUUUUGAAGAAGGAAACACAGCUACACCAUACUUUUUGGGAUAUGUGAGACAAGGACAAGAAGACCAGAUUGAACCUCUAUGUAGGGUUCUUCAAGCACAGGGCUCUUCAGCUUAA